CUGAGCCACCCAGGCGCCCUAAGUGGUUUUUCUACUCGAUCUAUAAAUUCCUUUUUGGCUCUUGCUGGGUUUUACUGAAUACUACCAACUUUCUUCCUUCCACGUUUAGCUGCACUCCUCUUUCGUUAUGUUGUGUGGUGUUAAGUUGUGGAUCUGUGUCCUCAGAUGUUAGCGCCUUGCUUUCUCCUUUUCCUGGUUUUAUCUUCAGUAUUCUAUUUCCUUCUUCUUCUUUGUUACUUUUACCUUCCUAUAAAUUACUUUUUUCCUCUUUCAAAAAUCUCUCGUUAGGUUACCUUCUUGUAUCUUUGUGUUUAAUUGUGGCUAAAUUGUUGUUAUCUUCAUGAUCUUCUUUUUACUUGAUUCCAGUAAUCAUGAACUCAUUAUGUACUGUGUUUAUUUUCAUAUUUUUGCAUGGUUUCUAGUUAGAAGCUCUGUGUCCAGUAACCCCUCGUGAUUUAAUGGAAAGAACUCAGCUCUGAAAGUGGAAUCCCAGGUUUUCUUUUCAACUCUUCAAUCAGUUAUGACCUAAACUCUCUGUCCUCAUUUCGCAUAUGUAUUCCUGCUUCUGAGAAUCAAGUGGAAACAUAGAUUUGAAAAAUAAAAAAGUGUAAAGUGCCUCUUGGACUUUAAGCAACUUGCUACUUGCUGUGAAGGUUAUAGCAACAAAAUCAGGCAUUCAAAUAGUGACGUAGGCAUCCUGCCCCUUCCCAACUCUAAACUUUGUGCUGAUGUGGACAGGGAUGCUGUGAAUUUAGACACCCAGGGGUUCUCUGGGGGUAGAAAUAACUGCAGUGUGAGAAAUUAUCCUCCUUCCCCCAAAAAAGAAAAAGAAAAGUACUUCUAGAUGCUUUUUAAUUUGCAGUUCCAUAAUCAUAUGCUCUCUUGUUUUUUUGUUAUUCUUGAUUUAUACCAUUCCCCACUGAUUAUAGGAAUCAGCAUCACUUAACGAUAAAGAGCAUAGAUUCUGGAACCAUACCUGUUGGAUUCACAUCCCAGUGUUGCCGUUUGUGAGCUGUAUAAGGGUGGGGAAACUAGCUUUCCUCUCAGUGUCCCAGAUUCUAAUUUCUCAAAAGGGAGCUAACAGUACCUAUUUGUUGGUUUUGAGGAUUAAAUGAGUUACGUGUGAAAAGUACUUAGAGCGUGCUGGGUAUGUAGUGAAUGUUAUAUACCUGCUAAUGUUAUCAUUGAUGCUGACGCUCUUGUCAUUAAUAUAUUUUCUGUAUCUGACACAGUUUCUUGGAAUGAUAAUACAUAUGGAUAUGGGUAUAACAUUGCCAUCAUUUAAAUGGAACAUCUGUCAGGUGGAUUUGUAGGUCCAGUAUCACACAGGUUUUCAUUUGGUGCUUUUUGCAUCUAUCGUGUGUUUAUUAUACAAAUAUGUAUAUGAGCAUUCCAAACACCAGUAUUACUGAAAUUUAACCUUGUAACUAUAGGAGAGGUGAGCUUUUCCAUGUAUUGCUAUAUUUAAUUUUUUACAACACCACUUGAAAUUUGUAUUAUUAUUUGUACUAUUUUCAGAUGGGAAAUCCCGUAAAUAAGUUAACAUUUAACCAAACUUAAAUACACUAGUUCCCUGAAGUAUUCAAGUGAAUAUAGGCCUAAGAAUUUGAUUUCCUUUUUCAGUGUUUAUAGUUAAAAUUUUUUGUUUCUGUAUGGUACCUGGUAUAUUAAUAAUUAAGAUGAUUGCAUAUUUCUUUUUGUCCUAGCUCAUGCUUGAUACAUGGAAUGAGUCCAUCUUUUCAAAUAUAAAAAACAGACUCCAAGAUAGUGCAAUGAAGCUGGUACAUGCUGAAAGAUUAGGAGAAGCUUUUGAUUCUCAGCUGGUCAUUGGAGUAAGAGAAUCCUAUGUUAACCUUUGUUCUAAUCCUGAAGAUAAGCUUCAAAUUUAUAGGGACAAUUUUGAGAAGGCAUACUUGGAUUCAACAGAGAGAUUUUAUAGAACACAGGCACCCUCGUAUUUACAACAAAAUGGUGUACAGAAUUAUAUGAAAUAUGCAGAUGCUAAAUUAAAAGAAGAAGAAAAACGAGCACUACGUUAUUUAGAAACCAGACGGGAAUGUAACUCUGUUGAAGCACUCAUGGAAUGCUGUGUAAAUGCCCUGGUGACAUCCUUUAAAGAGACUAUCUUAGCAGAGUGCCAAGGCAUGAUCAAGCGAAAUGAAACUGAAAAAUUACAUUUAAUGUUUUCAUUGAUGGACAAAGUUCCCAGUGGGAUAGAGCCAAUGUUGAAAGACUUGGAGGAACAUAUCAUUAGUGCUGGCCUGGCAGAUAUGGUGGCAGCUGCUGAAACUAUUACUACUGACUCUGAGAAAUACGUUGAGCAGUUACUUACAUUAUUUAAUAGAUUUAGUAAACUCGUCAAAGAAGCUUUUCAAGAUGAUCCGCGAUUUCUUACUGCAAGAGAUAAGGUAUAUAUUCUUGUAUAUUAA